UUUUUCGAAAAUUUCAAGCUUUGAUUGCUUUCACAUCUCCAAAGCUGUAAAUCGGUACACACUUUAAAAUGCUUUAGAGCCAUCCCCUUCCUUCUUUGCCAAUGCCACUAAUGGCCUUUGCCAUUGCCGUUCUGUUUUCCCACUAAACAACGCCGCUUUCUACUUUGCCGUUCUGUUUUCCCACUAAACGACGCCGGUUUUCUACUUUUCUCCCGGAAUCUACCUCUAAAACCAAACUCUUUCAUUUCUACCCAGCUCAUGGGUUACUUCUCCUGCAAUGCAGAGUCAGCGGUUGCCGUUUGUGAUCCUUACUACUGGGACUAUUAUCGUAGAAAAAAAUUCCAUAAAAAGAAACCUAGAAAAACCGGAAACAACGUUGAAAUCAGACAGUUUCUUUACACUGAUCUCCUUUCUGCAACCAGCGAUUUCUCUUCCGACAGCUUCCUCGGCAAAGGCAGUCACGGUUCUGUCUACAGGGCCGUCCUCGACAACGGCAAGUUAAUCGCAGCCGUUAAAAAAACGACAGCAAACUGUAGCAGCCCCGCGGACAACGAGAUUGAGAUUCUCUCCAGAGUUUAUGAUCCUCAUCUCGUCAAUCUCAUCGGUUACUGUUCCGAUAUGCUUUGUAAGAAUAAAUUAAUCGUCGUGGAAUACAUGCCCAACGGUUGUUUGUACGAUCUUUUACAUUCUUCUUCUAGACCUCCCGGUUGGACCAGGCGUGUUCGGUUCGCUUUACAGGUUGCCAAAGCGGUUCAGGCUUUACAUUCGUCUAACCCGCCGGUGAUCCAUAGGGAUAUAAAAUCGUCCAAUGUUUUGAUUGAUGAAAGCUGGAACGCUAGGUUGGGUGAUUUCGGUCUUGCAUUGAGAGGACACGUGGAGGAUGUACGGGUUAAGUGCACGCCACCAGCCGGGACGUUAGGGUACCUCGACCCUGGAUAUUUGGCGCCGAGUGACGUCAGCACUAAAAGUGACGUGUUCAGUUACGGCAUUUUGUUAUUGGAGAUUAUUAGCGGCAGGCAUGCCAUUGACUUGAAUUAUAGUCCGCCGUCGGUCGUUGACUGGGCGGUUCCGUUGAUCAAGGGAGGAGAUUUUUCAGCGAUUUGCGACUGUCGUGUGGGGCCGCCGGUGGAUAAAGAGGUCGUCCAGAAUUUGGCAGUGUUGGCGGCUAGGUGCGUGAGGUCCACGGCGGAGAAACGCCCCGGCAUGGCGGAUGUGGUGGAAUGCUUGAAGGUGGUGCGGAAGAGAGUUCAUGAGGGACCUGUUUGGCGUAACCUAAGGCGGCGCGUGAAACGCGUAGAUAAGCCGUUGGUGAAGAAUCAGGUGUUUGAAGGGAGCGAGGAGGUGGUACGGAGUUCGAGGUGUGGGAGUAGGAGAAAUAGCCGAAAGGUAUCGAGUGUGACGAGUGUAGCUCACGACAGUGAAGUAAUUGGUGAUCGUGUGGUAAGAUCGAAAUCGAUUGGUUCGUUCGGGGAGAGGGCGAUGAUGAUGAGGAUGGGGCCCGCAGAGAUUGAUUUGGACGGUGACCACGUGGCAUUGGUAAGAAAAAAGCCUGGAGUAACGGUGAAAGUGCCGGUCAUGAAGCUGAGCAAGUCGAGGUCUAUGGGAGUUCUACAAAGUCCGAGACUACUGAAUCAAAGCAGCAAAAAAAAUGUGCUCGAAAUUGGGAGAAGAAGGAACUCGAAUGACUUCGAUAUGUCAAAAUUAGUUAUCAGUUUUGAUGACGACAAAUCCGAAAGAAAGAUGUCAGAAAAGCCCUUGUUUUUAGUUUAAGAUGUCUCAAAGACAAAGAUUUGAUGUUGUUUGAUGAUGGAUUUUGAAAUAAAGAAGGAAGGGAACUAUCCAAACUCCAAAAGGGUAUGUUUUAAAUUCUGCUUCAUUGUUCGUUAGUUACUGUAAUGGCGGUUUUUGCAGGCGGGGGCUGUCGUUCUCUUAUCGCUCUUGGCGGCGAAGCAGUGAAAGAUGGAAUCCAUUAACUUACAACACGUUAUCUUUUCCAGGGCCAAGGGGUUGCUUCCUUUCAGAAAUUUAUGUCACUCAUAAACUCCAACUGUAUGUAGUGGAAGAAUUUAAUUAUUUCUUUGUAUUUGUCGUACCUUCUGAUGAUUUUGUAGUUUAGAAUGAUUCGAUUCUGAUGAAUUCUGUUUGUAAUUGUUUACUUGUAUUUGAAAUUAUUCCAAGAAUGAAACGAUUGACUGUUUGUUGAUUGUUCUAUUUA